AUGGCCGAGUACUUCUGGACUCUAUGCCGAUCGCCACUUUGUCUUGCUCUCAUUGCAUCCUGCAUCUUCCGUACACUUGGCGAUGAUUUGGCCUUUGACAGAUUUCAGACGUUGGCCAAUGCCGUCGCAGAGGAGGGCUUCAGCAUAAAUGCACAUGCGUCAAUUGAUCUGGUCGGUGGCAGCGUUAUGGCCGGCUGGGGUUCGCCCUCAAUGCUCGAACUGGCCGCCAGUGCAGAGUGCAAGAGUUUUACCUCUUCACGGCCGGCCCAACAGGCCAUUAAUUACCUCUGGUCUGGCGGUAUAAACUGCAACGCUCUGGUCUACCUUCUGACUCUAUUCUGCCCACCACUCUUUCUCGUCUUUCCUGGCAUUAUCCACUUUUCUGAGUCCUAUGCUUUUGGACUGGAUGACAGUGACUGGCAGAUGUCAGAUGAACUUCCCAGAACGUUCUUUGAGCGACUACAGCGUUUCUAUGGUUGUCCACGCACCAAAUUCUGUUGGUCUUUCCUCAUCUGCUUAUUCUUCCUUGUGAUUUCUUCUGUCACGUUGUUGCUGCCUCUACAACCCGAAAAUGUCGGCCGCCUUGAGACUGCAUUCAUGUUCCUCAUAGGUCUUCGCCUUGUCGGCUCAGUACUGUCGCUGAUCGCCGGAUUUCAAUGGGCCUGGAUUCAGUGCUUGUCGGCGAGCGUUGCCCUCAUCUACAUGCUCCUACGAAUAUGGGGCACAAUAACUUUUGCAUACGCAUAUUCAAUGGCUGUGAUAGUUCUUAUGCUUUUUGCGAUGGAACUGCUUCUAUACUGCUACGUGAGCGUAGUUCUCGGUCCCAAAGUCACCAUGAUAGGUCAAAUGACACUGCAACUGAUUAGAUUCCUACCCUUCUUCAUAAUCUUUCUGAUCGCAUUUGGCGUGACCGAGCAGGCAGUGCUCUUUCCCGAUCGCACUGGUUUUGAUGCCAACGUGCUUCUCGCAGUGUUUGAACGGCCAUUUUACCGGCUUUUUGGAGAGAAUGCCGUCGAUGAGGCCACAGGUAAAGGCGCUGAAUGCACGGAGCCUGCAAAUAGCACCGCCUGUCCGCAGCAGAAUGUCUUCGCGGUUAUGUCGAUUGGCAUGUACAACAUUUUUACCGUCGUUCUGCUAAUGAACCUCCUAAUCGCGAUAUUCAGCCAGAUCUUUGAUUCUUUGCAACAGGACUCCACAAUAGCCUGGCAGUUUAAACGUUAUGCCAUUGUUCGGUCAUUUCAUCAAAUUUCGGCCGUUCCAUGGCCACUGGGCCCAUUUGUUCAGUUCUUUUCCUUCCUCCAUCGGUUCUACCAACGCCGUAAGUAG